AUAAUCACACACACCUUUCGCAAACUAUAAUAACGAUUGGUCGUAGUUGCGACGCUUUAACGACGGAGGUUACCGUCAUAAUUUCUGUUCCGAUAUCCAAACACAAACACCUUUCGUUCUUAUAAUAAUGGCGGAUAAAUACAAUCUGAAGAACCCAGCUGUUAAGCGGAUCCUUCAAGAGGUUAAAGAAAUGCACUCUAAUCCUUCUCAUGAUUUCAUGAGCCUCCCUCUCGAGGAAAAUAUAUUCGAAUGGCAAUUUGCAAUUAGUGGACCUCGUGAUACUGAAUUUGAGGGUGGCAUUUAUCAUGGAAGGAUCCAGUUGCCAUCGGAGUAUCCCUUCAAACCUCCUUCAUUUAUGCUCUUGACUCCUAAUGGUCGUUUCGAGACUCAAACCAAGAUUUGCUUGAGCAUAUCCAAUCACCACCCCGAGCAUUGGCAACCAUCAUGGAGUGUAAGGACUGCUUUAGUUGCACUGAUUGCAUUCAUGCCAACCAGCCCAAAUGGUGCAUUGGGUUCCUUAGACUACAAGAAAGAAGAGAGGCGAACUUUGGCCAUUAAAUCUCGUGAAGCAUCUCCGAAAUUUGGGACUCCUGAACGUCAAAAGCUUAUCGAUGAGAUACAUGAGUAUAUGCUAAGCAAAGCACCUCCUGUUCCUGAACUUAGCCACACAGAGACUUCUGAAGAUAACGUGAGACCUGAGGAGGCUGAGUCUCAGGUUAGUUCACCUAAUCCCGAGGCUUUAUCUGAAGAAGAGGGGAUUGAUCAAGUCGGUAACGAGGUUGUUGAAGAACAAGUAAUCCCUGCAAAUGCCAAUCCUGCUGAAACUGAACCUUCAAGAGGGAAUCAAUCAAGUUUUUCAAUGAAUCAGUUAGACACAAGGGUUCAAAAUCUGCAGUCACAAACGACAAUCCAAAAACAUAAACCGGAUGAUCGGUUGUUCACAUGGGCAGCUAUUGGACUAACUAUUGCAAUUGUGGUCCUCUUGCUGAAGAAAUUCAUCAAAUCUACAGAACAUGGUCCACUUUUUUUCAAUGGAUCUUAAAGAUUUCACUGCUUAUGUUGGCUCAAGAGGUUAGCCUUAUGCGGCGAUGAUAGAAAUGUAAAGCUCUUAUAAACUGAAAGAAGUUUUGGUUUUAUUGUACUUUUAUUCUAUACUCUCUUUUUGUAAUUAUAGUAAUAUAAAUGUGCUACAGCUAUAGCCUAUGAGUUGGUGAGCAUGCCCUUAAUUUUUCCUGUUAUCAGGUGGUAUGCUUGUGACUUGUUAGCUACCAUGAUGUACGUAUGGAUGUAUAAUAUAUGUAUUAUGAACUGCAAUAUGUUAACAUUGUACACAAGUAAAAAAAAUGGUGUAUCAGAUGAACAACAUAAUAAGAUUGUUUUAUCUAUUGAUCUUUUUUA